AUGUACACUUAUCACAUAAAAGAGAUGAUGUACGUAAUAACGUGCAAGAAAUCGUUGAUAAAAAUCGGAUUGUACAGCUUGCUUUUUGCUCUGGCUUUGCUAAUAACCCUGUUACCACAAAUAAUCCUCGAUAAAGGACAAACAAUGCAAGUGAAAAGAUUCCCAACUGAUCUGAAGUACGUAUUAUUUUGGUAUCCCAGUGAAAACAAAAGAAAAGUGCUUUAUGAUUAUAACCACACAGAAUUUCCAACUGGACAAAAAGCGUUUAUUGAACAGAAAUGUCCUCAUAUUAGUUGCUAUAUUGCAUAUAAUAAAUCUUAUUUAGAUGACGACGAAAGAAAUUUUGACGCUGUAGUAUUCAAUGCGCAAGAUAUAAGUAAAAUGUCGUUACACAAUAUUUCUUUAGAGAGGUCUCCACAUCAGAAGUAUAUAUUUCGAUCUCAAGAACCUGCAGAAAGACAUCCAAUUUGCCAUCGGAUUUUCGAAGACUUUUUUAAUUUAACGUGGACAUACAAAUUAAAUUCGGACAUACCGCAACCAUUUAUUAAUGUUUAUGAUAUAAAUAAUAAAUUAGUUGGACCCAGCACCCAAGUAGACUGGAUUGAAAAAAUGAACCACACUGAAAAUUUUAAAAGUAAAAUUGAAGGAAAAGAGAAAGCUAUAGCGUGGAUUGUCACAAAAUGUAAAGCAAAAAACACUUACUCUGAUUUCAUUAAAGGACUUAGAAAUGAAUUGAAGGGAUAUAAUUAUACUUUGGAUAUAUAUGGUCCCUGUGGUGAUAUAAAAUGUCCAAAACAAAGUAUAUACUCCUGUUAUAAAUUGGUUGAAAAGAAAUAUUUUUUCCAAUUAGUUCUGGAAGAUGCAAUGUGCGAAGAUUACGUAACUGAAAAAGUUGUCAAAUCAUUGAUGCAUUUCACUAUACCGGUUGUAUUUGGAAGUGCUAAUUACACAAGAUUCCUACCACCCGGCUCUUACAUCAACUUUCAAGAGUUUGGCCUGAAAAAAUUCGGAGCUCUCAUCGACUACCUCAUGAAGACCCCUCAGAAUUACGGGUUCCUCUUCGACUGGAAGAACCACUACUUCUAUUCCAUCAGACCAAGGUCCUAUAUUUGUGAUUUGUGUACCAAACUCAAUGAAAAUGGUAACAUUACGCCACAGCGCCAUUUUAGACGCUGGUGGUUUUCUGACUAUCGGGACGUGUGUGAUAGACUGAAGCUAGUUAGUUUGUUUAGUUGUUAA